UGUAAAGUGAGCAACAAAUGUUUUGCAUGUCAGGUUUCUUUUGUAUUUUUCUACAUGAAUUUCGUACGCUUUCUUAACUCAUUUUGUAAAAACACACGUGGCCGCAGGAUGGCGAAAACCCAGAAUUCCGAGGGGCCGCCGCCCCCAUUGGUGGAACCUGUUCUGGUGCCACGCCCCCGAAUGGUGCACUUCCGUACGAACAAAUCCCAGUAUCUUUCGAGGUCCCGGUUUAUGUUCCUGGUGUACUGCCUGGCGUUUGUCCUUCUCAUAGUGGCUCUGAUCCAGUGGGAGUUUGUUUCUCAUACCAAGGACCUGACCGACUUCUUCCUGGACAAAUGUCUGGUGUCUAUCGUUUGCAUGUUGGUUGCGAUUCCCCUCAUGGCCGUUUUCCUGCUGGUGCGUGCGGUGCGGUACCUGCCGAUCCUGGGCUGGCUCCUUGUACUCGUCAUUGUAGAACUUCUGGUGGUUGGUAUCUGUACCCUGGCAGCCAACUGCGACGGCUUCGUGUUCCUGGCCCUGUUCGGGCUGACUGCCGUGCUGGUGGUUGUCAGUCUACUGAUAGGCAGCUGCAUACCCUGUGAUCUCACCAAGAACGUGGCUAAACUCUUCAUAGUCUGUGUCCUGCUGUUUCACCUGGCCCUGUACCUCCUUAUGCUCUACAUGCUGAUUAUCCCCGAUAUUUCUGUGUUCCUGGCCUUCUCGUUCCUGGUGGUGUUGGUUGUUUGUCUGUUGACCUGUUACCACGCCCAGUUGAUCCGGGGUAGGGGGUACGCGGACAUCCCCACCACCGAGGGCCUCUUCGCGGUGACCGUGCUCUUCUGUUACUUCUGCAAGAUUCUCAUGAUUUUCUGCUUCUGGGACAGGAACAGGAGAGUGGGAGACCUCAUGCACCGUGAGCAAGCCAGGGGAGUCUGCGGUGACGACUGCACUCCGGACAAAGACAUGCCCCUGUUUAAUGGUUCCUUCAAAGACUUUGAUUAUGACAAUGAUGUGAUACAAUCGCCAGACAAAUAAAUUUUAAAUGUGGGA